ACAGUAUUGCAGGCGCACGACUCGACGAGCAACAGAGUGCUGUGUACAUCCCCGCCCACGUAUUAUUAUUCGACUGUCUUGUAACCACGCUUCUCGGUGAUCGUGAACAACCACGAGUAUUGGACAAUUCCACAUCGAGUGGAUAAUGAAUUCAUUAUUCACGGAAGAUUUGUCGCGGCCUGUCGACAGAACCACGUAAAAAGGUUUUAAUGUGACACAAGGGCGAGCAUGAUUCUGGCAGGAUCAGACCAUUUUCUGGCGGUACCUGUGGAAGCGACAGCAUUUCUGGGUGCCGUAGCUGGCUUCGUGGUCCUCCUGUUGGCUCUCUUCUUGUACUUGUCACGCAAAUGGUGCUUCACUCCACCAUCCACGACCACUCUUUUCGGUGGCGUUUGCGUGCCUCUCUGCGAGCCUAACAACGGCUCCACCUCACAAAUUGCGAAAAACAUAGGGAAGGCAUUUUCCUAUUCGGACCCAGAGACUAGUUCCGAUUCGGAAGAGGACGUCCUUCGUCGACUGAAUUCGCAUUCUCAUCCACCACCGGAUACUUUGACUAUCCAAGCGGAGGAUGGACCGACCAUUCUGGAUGCCGGCACUACCUCCAGCAGCUGCACGGAAGAACACUCGCCCAGCGAUCAACAACAGUGUGUGGUAGAAGUCGGGGCCUCUGGUAUUAUUCUCGAUAACAGAGAACAAGAGGUAGAGGUCGAGCAAAAUGGUUCAACUACCAACGACGUUAUUACAACAAUGGGUACCAUCACCGAAGAAGUGGGUAGCUUGGAAGUCGCUUUCCUAUAUGAUGCACCGAUGCGCGAGAUGACGGUUCAUGUGCUGCAAGGACGAAAUUAUCCCGAAGGUAUAGGCGGUAGUCAAGUGCGGCUCGUGCUGUUACCAUCGAAGAAGCAGCGCCGUAAAACUCGAGUACGCCAGGGCACAUCUCCACAGUACAUGGAGAGUUUUCUGCUUCCACGUGUAAAUCCAGAGGACGUAAACGCCAUGGGCGUACGCCUAAGAGUGUAUCUAUGGGGCGGAAGAAUGCGACGAGAGAGAUUACUAGGCGAAGCUAGAGUCUCCUUCGAUCAGAUCAAUCUUCAGCUUGAAACUACGCUUUGGUUAACGCUACAACCUCCACCUUUUUCUUCGGUACAAGAUUGGGGAACAACUAGUAGUUUGACUCGUAGCGAUUCCACGGGAUCACAGCAAUCAGUUCAAUCAUACGCAUCACCUACUGCACGUGUGCCAACUUACGCGUCACAUACUGUACCUCCUUACGGCAGUAGUAUGAAGGGUGGAAGCGUGGCAGAAAUUUUAAUAGGCUUGGCGUAUAAUGGGACGACUGGACGUUUAUCGGUAGAAAUAAUUAAAGGAUCUCAUUUUCGGGGUGGCGGCGGGAACGACACGAAACCACCCGACACGUACGUUAAGCUCGCUCUCAUGGAUAGCAACGGUCACGAAAUGGAACGAUCGAAAACUGGUCUGAAACGGGCUCAGCCGAAUCCUCUGUACAAGGAAACAUUUAUAUUCCAAGUUGCUCUGUUUCAACUUGGAGAUGUAACUCUCUUUCUAUCGGUUUAUAAUCGACGAAGAGGCGGAAUGGGAAGAAAGGGAAGAGAAAUGAUCGGUUGGCUCAGUUUGGGAUUAAACAGUUCCGGCACAGAGGAGCUUCAACAUUGGAACGAUAUGCGCGCAGCAAGACAACCGGCGCAAGUUCAACGCUGGCAUUCGUUGCUGCGUCCUUGAAACAUCCGAUCACGAAAGAGUUCCUGUCACGGAAAUACAUUUUACGAUGUUGUUAACGAUAACGAUAUGGUUUGACAGAUAGAACACGGUGCAAAGUACGGUCCCCGAUUGCGUACCGUUAUAUACGACUGAUCGUGUAGAAGAGCAACUGGAUUUUUCAAGAUGAACGCGGCUGUUGUUUGUUGGAGAUAAAGCCUGUACUGCCCGAACAGAACACAGAAGUCAAUAUGUCGAUCUGUUGAUCCUGCGAAUCAGAGCUAUCAUAAUUUUAGCACGUGGUAACUCUGAAUUCAAAACUCUAUCGAUGUACCAAGUACAUUCCUUUUUGAUACGCCGGACGGAGUUGAGGGUGUUUUCAACAUACAUAUUACGUAUGUAUAUUACAUAUGCAAACAGAGAAAGAACGUAAACGCAUAACACAUACAUGAUCCAUACGCACACGUACACGUAUAUGUAUAUACACGUUUACCUACUUACAUAUACGUAAAACAUAUUUCAAUUACACGUGCACACAUACGUACACGUCACAAAUAUGCAAACACGCAUUUUGUCGGUCCCAAAAGUCGAACGUAUAAUACAUUAGCAGAUGGACCGCGAAAACGACUUCGAUUCGAUAUGUGCCUGAGCCAACUUUAAUCGUUUAUUUUUUACUUUGUGCCUUUCACCCUUUUUAGGCCGUGUGUCCGUCGACGGAGAAUCGUCGUGGGAUACCCAGCCAAGUCGAGAGCCCAUUAUGAACCGCGAUCCUCUAGCCGUUCUCCUUUGGACGAGCUAACUAAGCAAACGUAACUUUUCCUCUCUCGCUCCGUGACACUUUCAGCGGAAUAUUCGAUUUGCAGUGCUUGUUCGUUCGAAUCGAUGCCACGAAUCUUGUUGUUUCGAUCAUAUGGUUCGAGAAUGGAUUGACGCGCGAAACGAAUUAACCUCUUACUGCGUGGAGUACGGGGGCAGCGAAUAAUGUUUCGAGAGAAAAUCAAGGUUGUACACAAUUUUUCUAAUUUCCUACAUACUCUGGCUUCGUUUAUUCGUUUCUCUUUUCUGCGUACUAUUAUUUAUACAUAUAUAUAUAUGUAUAUCCUUAAUUUAGUAAUACAUAUUUGAUAGUAUCAGUAAAGCACGUUGUGAAGUUUCAUAAUUCAUUGUCAUAUUCUUGAUACGUGUAACAACGUGCUUACAUUUACGUAUCCUAACUUUACGAACGUUUCGUGUAUACAGGAUAUCGGUUAAUCAAUUAGUAGCGUCGAGGGGUUAUAGUUAAUCGAUGGGAUAUAAAGGGGAACGUAUACGAGGACAGAUUCACAAUUAAACGACGCACAAUAAACUCGCAAAACGCACCUCGUAAACGCAGAUGUGAUCGUAGAGUUGAUAUUACUAUUAAACUAGUAGUAUAUAUUAUCGUGUGAGUACGAUAGGUUAUGUAGAGAUGUUUUUUCCACGCGUUUAUAUUAGAGGGAAUUGGAUACCGGACGAAGCAGGCGACUGAUUAAUGGAUAAAAAAAUUACCAGAUGCUGUGAAUCGUUUAACGCUUGACUUUUUCAAGCUUAGCGUUUAGGUGAUUAACGAUGAUUAAUCCAUGCUCGAACUAUUCUCUCGUUUUACGUAUUUAGACAAUGUAUAACGCGAUUGCAAGGACUCAGAAGUUUCUUUUUCGUUUGUUUACUACGUAUGUGCAUGAAUUUUCUCGUAUCAAAUGUGCAGACGUUCUUUUUACAAUGCUCUUCUUAAAAGCAGUUUUAAAGACGUACUUUUAGCGCUUUCGGAUUUAGCAUAAUCAUCGAUAAUCGAUAAUAUCGUAGUGAUGUGCGUUUGUUGAUGCAUCUCAUCCAACUUUUAGCGUUUUCAGGAAGCGAGAAGAGAAAGCAACAGCGAGGAAGAUA